UCUCUCGGUUUCUCCACGCUCCUCUACCCCCCCUUCGCAUCUCGCUGUCUGAAGACAUCGUUGGUUGGAUUUCGCAGCUUGGUCGUGCAUUCGCCGGCGUGAUACUUCCUGUCAAAAGGAGAUGGUUAUCCCACCGCCAGCGAAGCCACCGAGAAUAAUAAACUUUCUCAAGCCUUAUGUUCUGAAGAUGCACUUCACUAACAAGUUUGUAAGUGCCCAAGUCAUCCAUUCCCCAGCUGCUACUGUGGCGUCUUCGGCGAGCUCGCAGGAGAAGGCUUUGAGACCAAGCAUGGACUCAACUCGAGAUGUGGCUGCAGGCAAGAUGGGAAAGAUACUAGGAGAGAGGCUGUUGCUCAAGGGCAUCCCUACUGUCGCUAUCCACUUGAAAAGAGAACAAAAGUAUCAUGGCAAAGUCAAAGCGAUUACCGAUUCUGUGAGAGAAGCAGGUGUGAAGUUGCUUUGAAAACUUCUGAACUUAUCAGUUGUAUUUGUUUUGAGACUCGUGACCUCUGUUCGAAGUGAUCUUCACUUGAGAAAGAUUGAAAGAGAGUGCAUGAACUUUUUAUGU